AUGCCCAGCUACGGGAUCACUCUCCUCUCCGGUGGACUCGACUCCACAACGGUCGCGGCCUACGCGAAGGGCCGCGUCGAUCACCUGACGGCGGUUACGUUCAACUACGGCCAGACACACGCCAGGGAGGUCGAGUGCGCAACCAGCAUCGCCGGCAUCCUGGGCAUCGAGCACAGGCUGCUUGACAUUUCCUUCCUCUCCGAGGUCGCCUGGUACUCAGCACUCACCAGCCCGGAGCGGUUCCAGGUGCCGUCGGACCGGCCCGGCGAGGACAUUGGCCACGGCGUUCCGAUAACCUACGUGCCAAUGCGCAACACGAUCUUCCUGUCGCUUGCCGCCGCCUACAUUGAGAGCCGCGUCCUGCACGCCAUUGAGGUGGGACAGAACGUGCUCGACUACAGCGGCUACCCGGACUGCCGGCCCGAGUUCUACGAGAGCAUGUGCGCGCCAAGCCGUCUGGACACUGAGUACGGGGCUGGUGGCCCAGGAGUGUUGGAGACGCCUAUCAUCGACAUGACGAAGGCCGAGAUAGUCGCGCUCGCAAACCGGCUCGGAGCGCUCCGCCGGAGCACAACCUGCGAGUCUGGCGGAAACACUGGGAGAGGCGACGCACCACUGUGA